UGCGCGCGCGAUCCCGCAGAUUCCCUUUCCGGAUGUGACGUCGCAAGGCGGCAAUGGCGGCUCGCAGUUUCAUUCCGGAUUUCCAGUGGACUACAAACUGAUAUUACUAACCUAUACUGGACCCUAUGGAACUUUUUUAACGCCCACACGGCUUCGAGAGGAAGAGUCCAGCCGGUGACCCGACUUAUGAGGCCACGCCGCUGGUUUUUGGGGCUAAUUUCCGAGCCGGGUUCAAGGUCUUGUCGAAGCUAGCGGUAGCUUGGAGGCUAGCAGGGCAACGCUCGCUAGCUUGCCAGCGAGGUCCUAUAAACGGUGACAUUAGUGUUUCUCUUUAAGUGUUACUAUGCCAAUAGUCUCUAUUGGAUGUUCACUUUAUGUGUAGAGCGAGGUCCUCACACGUUUGCUUUGCCUCUUUUGGGGGAACUUCCAGUCGCUUUGGUGGCGGCGACUAAUGCGGACUGUCACUCGCCAUUAAAAGGGCUGCCGCCGCCGCUGCUUCUUAUUAUUACUUCGUCGUCUUUUGGGGGGGUCUUUGUGUGCUUGGCAACAUGCUGAAGACCCGCCAGUGUUUACUGGGGAUCCGCACUUUCCUCGGCGUGACGUCCAGACUAUGGGGCUUCAUCAUGUACAUCCUCAGGAAGCACCUACGAACGAUAAUCCAGUAUCAAACGGUGAGAUACGACACUCUGCCUCUGUCGCCUAUCUCCAGAAACAGACUGAAUGCAGUCAAGAGGAAGAUUCUGGUCUUGGAUCUGGACGAGACGCUGAUCCACUCUCACCACGACGGGGUCCUGAGACCCACAGUGAGACCAGGAACGCCACCCGACUUUAUCCUCAAAGUCGUCAUCGAUAAACACCCCGUCAGAUUCUUCGUACACAAAAGGCCACACGUCGACUUCUUUCUCGAAGUGGUGAGUCAGUGGUACGAGCUGGUGGUCUUCACGGCCAGCAUGGAGAUCUACGGCUCCGCGGUGGCCGACAAGUUGGACAACAAUAGGAACAUCCUCAGACGCAGAUACUACAGACAGCACUGUACAUUGGAUCUAGGCAGUUACAUCAAAGACCUGGCAGUCGUACACGACGACCUGUCCAGUAUUGUUAUCCUGGAUAAUUCACCAGGAGCUUAUAGAAGCCAUCCAGACAAUGCAAUCCCCAUCAAGUCCUGGUUUAGCGACCCUAGCGACACGGCACUUCUUAACUUGUUGCCUAUGCUUGAUGCAUUAAGGUUCACUGCUGAUGUGCGCUCCGUCCUCAGCCGAAAUCUCCACCAGCAUCGGCUCUGGUGAUUGGCCCAAUCAGAAAGAGGGGCGGGGUCUCUUUCUUCUUUCUUUUAAGCUCCGCCCCCCUCCACCCCAACCAACCACCAUUGAAAAGAAAAUUGUGUCAUGAAAGAACUCUUUGGAAUCAGCCUGGACUUUUUGAUUUCAUCCCAUGUCAACAAAACACGAAAAACGGAUAACGGAGGUGCAUAUUUUUAAACCUUUUUCCCCCACCAUGAUGAGGAAGGGGAUUCGCCAUACAAAAAUCAACACUUUUUUUUUUUAUCACUGAUUGAAUGGUGAUUGCUUUUGAAAGCAUUUUUUUUUUUUUUUUUUUUGGCUGUUUCUGGACAAGUUUUUUUUUUCUUUUUUUUUUUUUUAAAUAAACUCUCCCCCAAAAAGACUCAUUGACUGAAUGCGGGUUUGAAGGAAAAACAUGAACUGCUGUGCCGUCUGUCACCUUAGGAACCAUAACCAUAAUAAUACUAUGAAAUUGCACUUUUUUUUUGAUUGACAGAUUUCACUUAGCUCCGGCCCCUUUACCAUUACCAUAUUUUUGUGUGUGUGGGGGGGGAGAGGGAUUUAGAGCCUCACGCCUUCGGAACAAUGUCGCUCAUGUUCUUGUAUUGGCUCUGUGUUGCUAAUAUAAUAAAAAAA